AUGUUGACCACCAUGUCGCGACAUUCAGAUAUGUCCGAUGACACGGACUCCCCCGACGUCAAGUGCUUCCAAGAACUACCCGAUGACACAUAUGAAGCCAUCGGGUCGGAGGCCCGCGCUAUCCGGAAGAUCAUAAGAGAGCAGCAGAACCUUCCCAUCAAGGUGAUGAAAUACCUGCGUUUCACAAACGUCCCACCAAGUAUUGCGGAAGAGUUUUCUUCGAGCUCCGCUCGACAUAUGUUCAGUUACGGCACUCGAUCUAUGAUAAUAAAGCUCGUGACUGGGGCCCAUGACACAGCUUCACGCGGCCUACUUUGUGAAGUGCGAGAUGUGGUACGCGAUAUGGGACUGCGUCGGUCGAUUCGCCCGGUAGGGUCUAAACGCGUCCGAGGUAUGUCUUCUUCAAAGGAGGCCGACGAGUCGUGGGUCCCUACGCAACCUAUUCCAGGUCGCGAUGCAAAAUGGCCGACCGUUGUGGUCGAAGUUGGAGUCUCUGAGUCCUAUCAAAAGUUGAAGGCAGAUGCAGAAUGGUGGUUCCCGAACUCGAAGGGCGAUGUGAAGCUUGUAAUCAUUGUGUCUGUCAAUCGAAAGGCACCCAAUAUCAAGUUUGAGACUAUGUUUUUGGACACAGUGGUCAGCUCCUUACGAGCCCAGUGGCCCCGCUACGUCCCAACUAUACGGCAGUCCAUUACAACAUCCCGCGACGCAAAUAAACCCAACUCACAGAUUACCAUCAGGCCAGCAGUACCUUUGACCAUUGGGUUUGAAGAAUUGUUUUGUCGCCAACCAGUCCCGCCCGAGCAUAACAUUGAGAUCUCACCUGAUCAGUUGGCAAAUAUCUCAAGUGACGUCUGGAAGGAGCAAGGUCUAUAA